AUGUCCCCAAAGAGCGACAUCCGCGCCACCCACACGGCGUCGGACACUGCCUCAGCCCUCUCCGAGUCCGUCCAGGCCACACACAAUUCCAACCAACAUGCCCCUACGCAGACGCAGACGCAGACGCAAGUCCAAGCCGACGCCGAGUUGCGCCUCCGUCGCAAAGUCGAUCUCCGCCUAUGCACCAUCGCGGGCAUUUUGUGCAGCCUGAAUCUGCUCGACAGCGGGAUCAUCUCCUCGGCGUCGGUGACCAGCAUGCUGUCGGACUUGCAUCUCACGGGAGACCGCUACUCGGUCUCCAUCUUCAUCUUCACCGUGGCAUCGGUGUGUUUUCAGCUCCCAGCCACGGUCCUCAUGCGGCUCGUCGGGCCUAGGCUCUUCUUUUCCACCGUCACUUGCACCUUUGGCCUGAUCACCAUGUGCACGGCCGCCAUCAGCAGCUGGAGACAGAUGAUUGCCCUGAGAGUGCUGCUGGGCAUAUCCAUGUCUGGCAUCUACCCUGGCCUGACUUACUUGAUAUCAGCAUGGUACACGCGGAAGGAGCAGCAGCUCAGGUUUGCAUUGCUGCAGUCUGGCCAGGUCGUGAUUCUUGCCACGGGCUCAAUCGUCAACUACGGUCUGAACCACCUCGACCACCGUCACGGUCUGCGAGGCUGGCAGUACAUGUAUCUCGUUCAAGGCGCCAUCACUGUCUGCGUAGGCAUCGUCACUUACGUUUGGAUGGUCGACUUCCCCGAUCGCUGCGAGAAUUCCCUCUGGUUCCUCUCGGAAGAUGAGAAAAGCCUGGCCUUGUCGCGCAUCCACGACGACCGAAGUGAUGCGGCAAAACCUGAACCGUUCAGCCUGUCCGCCGUCUUGGUUCAUUUCCUCGACCCGAAGCUGUACGUGUUUAGCGUGCUGUUCUUCCUGCUCAACCUCGUGUCGACCGCGCUGUCAUACUUCCUGCCGAUUAUCCUACAGGGCGGAAUGGGAUUCGACUCCAACCAAGCUAUAAUACUGUCGUCUCCGCCGUACUAUUACGCCGUCAUUCCAGCUAUACUAUCUUCGUUCAUUGGGGACAGAUACCGCAUCCGGGCACCCAUCAUCAUCUUCAACGCCAUUAGCCUGAUCGCCGGGUUCUGCAUGCUGGGCUUUCCGAGCCAAGUAACUGUAAGAUACAUUGGAACCUUUCUGGCCACUGGAGCCUAUGUGUCCAAUUGGGCCGCUCUCAACGCGUACCAGGCCAACAACGUGGUGGGACAAUGGAAGCGCGCCACUGUGGCAGCCGCCGUCUCGGCUUGUAAUGGCUUGGGCGGCAUAGCCGGUAGCUAUAUUGUCCGUCAACCAGAAGCUCCACGGUAUUUGACCGCGAUCUGGGUGAGUAUUGGAAGCCAUAUCCUGAUGAUAGUCUUGGUUGCCGCCUGUACGGUCUGGUUCUGGAUCAUGAAUCGCAGGGCUAAACGGGGAGAGCAUGUCAUUGAAGGAGUUCCGAAUUUCCGAUACACCUAUUGA